UCGCGAUACAACACCAACGCUCUGCCACGCUCACAUUGAUUCCCGCCACAGCUCACGCACCAGCAUCGCGACUUAUCAGAUCAGCCCAUCAAAACCGGCCCCGCACGCGAUCAACGUGGAAUAACAACAGGCCGACAACGCGACAAGACAACACGGAAUCGCAGCCAAGACACCGAAGCCCAUCGACUGCGAUUUCUUGAGAUCCCGGCAUCUCCAAGCAUGGCACCAUUAACAGCCGCCUCGGAUGAGAAAACGCAUCAGGCGCUUCUUGACAAGCUUGACAUCUACGCAGUACCCAAGCCUUUCCGCAACCCAAACUGGAAGCCACCGCAGCGACGCAACAAGAACCUCAAGCAGAUUCUCGGCGAGGCGUCACGCAAAGAAGCCUCAGUCAUGGCCACACAGAACAACAGCGGUAACUCGACACCUGCCGUAACUGCUGAAGGCAACGCUGCUUCCGGCCGCGCACCGAACAUCGCCCAAGCAGCCCAGAGUCUGAGCACCCUGGUAUUGGAGAAGAACGGCAGAGCUGCUGCUGGGCCGGCACCUACAUACACCAACAUCGAGUCGGCUCCGAGCUUCCACCCGAGCAGUCAGAAGAAGUACUGUGAUAUCACCGGUCUUCCUGCACCAUACACCGAUCCCAAGACGCGUCUAAGGUACCACAACAAGGAGGUGUUUGGAGGCAUCCGUACCAUGCCACAGAACGUGUCAGAGGGCUAUCUCGCCGCAAGAGGUGCACACACAAUCUUGAAGUGAGCGUUACCUCGAUGCCGAGGUAGCUCCUACUACUCCAAGGUUGAUAGUAUGACAUGCGUCCUUCACAGUCGGCGCAACGCUGCAUUCGACAGAGGCUCAAGUUCAUUCACUUGUCCAAGGUCUUGCAUCAAACAGGCUAAUGAAAUGGGUACAAGCCUGGUCAGAAACCCAGGUGUAAUUGAGGUUAUGUAUGAUCAUCAAAGUCAAACUACUCUCCACCCACCACAUGCCUUUCGGCUUAUGGCUCAAGGAGGUGUUCCGGCUUAACCGUGAUCCAGUAUUCUUCUGCGCCCAUAAGACAGUAUACCAGGACCUCGAGGGAGGAUUCCUAGUUACAGCAGCUUGAAGCAUGCUGUUGUCAAGGCGGGAUCUACAUUGUAAUAGUCAUUCAAGUAUCUUGUAGCUGUAGAAAAGAAACAACGCAUCAAUUGCUC